AAGAAAAAUAAUUGUUGAUUCAGAUAUUUAUUGGCCAAAUGGACUCACGAUAGAUCUUGAUGAGCAGAAACUUUACUGGGCUGAUGCAAAACUGAGUUUCAUUCAUAGGGCAAAUCUGGAUGGUUCAUUUAGGCAAAAAGUUGUUGAAGGUAGUCUCACUCAUCCCUUUGCACUGACGUUAUCUGGGGACACUUUGUAUUGGACAGACUGGCAAACACGUUCCAUUCAUGCCUGUAACAAAAGGACAGGAGAGAAAAGGAGAGAAAUACUGUCUUCCCUGUAUUCACCAAUGGACAUUCAAGUCUUGAGUCCGGACCGGCAGCCGUACUUUCACACUCCAUGCGAAGAAAACAACGGUGGUUGCUCCCAUCUGUGCCUGCUUUCUCCAAGAGACCCUUUCUACAGUUGUGCCUGCCCCACUGGUGUGCAGCUGGAAGACGACGGCAGGACGUGCAAAUCAGGUGCUGAAGAAGUCUUGCUGCUUGCUAGAAGGACUGACUUGAGGAGGAUUUCCCUGGACAUGCCAGAUUUCACUGACAUUAUUCUGCAGAUAGACAAUAUCAGACAUGCAAUUGCCAUAGACUAUGAUCCUGUGGAAAGCUACAUCUACUGGACCGAUGAUGAUGUCCGGGCAAUUCGACGGGCCUACCUUGAUGGCUCUGGAGCACAGACUCUGGUAACCACAGAAAUCAACCAUCCAGAUGGUAUUGCUGUGGAUUGGGUGGCGAGGAACCUCUACUGGACUGAUACUGGAACAGACCGCAUUGAAGUGACCCGGUUGAAUGGGACAUCAAGAAAGAUCCUUAUCUCGGAAAACCUAGAUGAACCUCGAGCAAUAGUGCUCAAUCCUGUAAUGGGCUACAUGUAUUGGACAGACUGGGGUGAAAGUCCAAAGAUAGAAUGUGCUUAUUUGGAUGGCUCAGAAAGGCGAGUUCUGGUGAAUACAUCCCUGGGUUGGCCUAAUGGCUUGGCACUGGAUCUGGAAAAAGACAAGCUUUACUGGGGAGAUGCAAAAACGGAUAAAAUUGAGGUGA